AUGCAGUCACUCCAGUCUGCUCGUUUCCUCGAGAUCAAGAGCGACCAAUUCAGCUACCCAGAGGGCUUCAAGUCGCCUAACCCAGCUCUCAACCAGACCGGCAAGCGUGUUGGCAAGGAGUAUGACAUGGAAUUCUUGCUCCAGUUCCAGAGUGUCUUCAAGGAGAAGCCCACUGUUGACUGGGACCUCAGAGUCAAGGAGACCCUUGGUGAGGGCGACAACUCCGGUCGCCAGAACAGCCGUGGUGGUGCAAGCAUGGGUGGCCGCCAGCCCUCUAACAGAGGCCCUAGCCAGUUCAGUGCCAUGGGCAACUUCGCCAGUGGCAACACCCGUACUCUUCCUGCCGGCACUACUUCUGCCGACCGCUUCAACGCUUCCUCUGGAAGAGGUGGUCCCAUGGGUAUGGGACGUGGUGGUGCCUUCCCCGGCCAAGGUUCUCUCAGCCGCACCAACUCCCUUCAGACCAUGGCCGGCAUGGGUGGCCCUGGUUCGCCUAGAACUAAUACUUCUCGCAGAGGAGGUGGUAGCAAGCGUGGUAACCCCUCCCGUCACCACGACAGAGAAGAUGCCAACGCCGCCAAGAACAUGCCCCUCACUGCUGGUAUGGAUCUCAAGCCUCUCGAGAAGUCUCAAAGUGGUUGGACUGCCCGCAGUAUCGGCGCUCCUGCCGGUGGUGCAGCACCCGUUGAUGGUCAGAUGCCCCCAGACAUGGUCCAGCGUAAGGUCAAGGCUGCUUUGAACAAGAUGACUCCCGAGAACUUCGAGAAGAUUUCGGAUCAGAUUAUCGAGAUCGCCAACCAGUCGAAGCAGGAGACUGAUGGUCGCACUCUGCGCCAAGUCAUUCAGCUCACUUUCGAGAAGGCUUGUGACGAAGCUCACUGGGCCGGUACUUACGCCAAGUUCUGCUCCAAGAUGUUGACCAGUAUGAGCAACGAGAUUGUUGAUGAGACGAUCCGUGACAGAAGUGGUCAACCCGUUGUUGGUGGUGGCCUGUUCAGAAAGUACUUGCUCAACCGCUGUCAAGAAGAGUUCGAGCGUGGUUGGGAGGCCAACCUUCCUCCUAUGCCCGAAGGCAAGGAGGCAACUCUCUUGUCCGAUGAAUACUACAUUGCCGCCGCUGCCAAGAGAAAGGGUCUUGGUCUCAUCCAGUUCAUUGGUGAGCUUUACAAGCUCGGCAUGCUUACAGUCAAGAUUAUGCACCAGUGUGUGUUGAGAUUGUUGAACUUCGAGGGCCAGCCCGACGAGUCAGCCGUCGAGAACUUGUCCAAGCUUCUCAAGGCUGUCGGUGCCACCAUGGACAGCACCGAGCAAGGACACCAGCUUGUCAACGUCUACUACGACCGUGUUGGCACCAUUCUUGAACAACACAAGGACAUGCCCAGCAGAUCAAGAUUCAUGCUUAUGGACAUCAUUGAUCUCAGAAGAAACAACUGGAAAUCAAAGGAUAACGACAAGGGUCCCAAGACCAUCGAGGAAAUCCACGCCGAGGCUGAGGCCGCACAAGCUGCCCAAGAACUCGAGAGACAGCGCAACAGCAGCAACCGUGGUGGUCACGGUCGUGCUCCCAUGGGCCGUGGUGAUGCUCGCUCGUUCUCUGGACACGGCGGUAUGCCCCCACCUGACUACCCUCGCAACCAGGUCGGUCGCGACGAUCUUCUUCGUCUGCAAGCCCGUGGUUCACAACGCCAGGCCAGCGCUGGUCUUGGCCCUCAGCUCGGCCCCAGCUCGCUGUUUAGCAGCUCGCGCAGCGGUAGCGGCCGCAAGGGUCUUGGUCCCCCCAGAGAUGGUGAAGGCUCUGGACCAACAUCGAGAUCAGGAACUCCUUCUCAACAAAAGAAGGAGGAAACGACACACGUCAACGCCUUCAGGUAA